UCCAAUCCCGUAGUAAAGCGUCUUCCGUGCAAAUCGCGUUCGACAUUCUCACAAUGGCGAGAUAGUGGAAAGAAUGGGAACGCUUCUCAGAGCGAGGAAGAAACCAUAAAUUUUGUUGAAGGUCGCAGUUUUUCCAUUGAUUGAUAGCAAAGGAAUGCUUCAUGAUUAGAGGGGUUACAUGAAGAGAGGAGUGUUCAGGUGGCGGCUUUAUGGAGACUGUUCUGUUGCUACGUAGGCAGCAGACAGUCUGUAUCGGGACCACUGAUUAAGACCAACGCAACGGGCAGCAAGCGGCUUUCCUAUCAUGAGAGAGUGUGAGCCCAGGUUUCUUGAAGGAGGCACAGCUUAACCUACAAGGUUCCAAGAGACGCUGUGUGGGCUUCGGCGAGAAUAAGCGGCGAAUCAGAGUUGGUCAAGUUUUGGGGAAUGGCAGGUCGAAGCCGAAGAGCAUGGUUUAGUGUUCUUUUGGGACUGGUUGUCGGGUUCACACUGGCUUCCAGACUCAUUCUGCCCAAGGCAUCAGAGUUAAAGAAAGCUGGUCAGAAACGCAAGGCAAAUCCCGCUGGUUGCGGGAUAAACGGGGGUGUAAUAUGGCCCCCGCAAGAUAACGGUUUUUCGGCGACCGAGAAGCCAGUCCCCAGGUCCAACAAUUUCCUCUUCGUUGGCGUCAUGACCGCCCAGAAGUACCUGAACAACCGAGCGGUGGCGGCUCAUAGGACGUGGGCCCAGACCAUUCCAGGCCGUGUGGAGUUCUUUUCCAGCGAAGGGUCCGAUACCUCCAUCCCCAUCCCCAUCGUAGCCCUGCGAAAUGUGGACGACUCCUACCCGCCCCAAAAGAAGUCCUUCAUGAUGCUCAAGUACAUGCACGACCACUAUCUGGACCAGUACGAGUGGUUCAUGAGGGCUGACGAUGACGUCUACAUAAAGAGCGAGAGGCUGGAGAGCUUCCUCCGCAGUCUCAACAGCAGCGAGGCCAUCUUCCUGGGCCAGACAGGAAUGGGGGCCAGGGACGAGCUUGGCAAGCUGGCCCUGGAGCCUGGGGAGAACUUCUGUAUGGGGGGCCCGGGGGUGAUCAUGAGCAGAGAGGUCCUCCGGAGGAUGGUGCCCCACAUCAGACAGUGUCUGCAGGAGAUGUACACCACCCACGAGGACGUGGAGGUGGGUCGCUGUGUCCGGAGGUUCGCUGGGGUGCAGUGCGUCUGGUCCUAUGAGAUGCAGCAGCUGUUCUACGAGAACUACGAGCCCAACAAGAAGGGCUACAUCCGGGACCUCCACAACAGCAAGAUUCACCGCGCCAUCACCCUCCACCCCAACAAGAACCCCCCGUACCAGUACCGCCUGCACAGCUACAUGCUGAGCCGCAAGAUCGCCGAGCUGCGGCACCGCACCAUCCAGCUCCACCGGGAGAUCGUCCAGAUGGGCCGCUACGGGGCGGCCGAGCCGGCCCGCGAGGACCUCCAGCUGGGCGUGCCCCCGUCCUUCAUGCGCUUCCACCCGCACCAGAGGGAGGAGGUCCUGGAGUGGGAGUUCCUGACGGGGAAGUACCUGUUCUCGGCGUCCGACGGGCAGCCCCCCCGCCGGGGCAUGGACUCCUCCCAGAAGCUGGCCCUGGACGACAUCAUCAUGCAGGUGAUGGAGAUGAUCAACGCCAACGCCAAGACGCGGGGCCGAGUCAUCGACUUUAAGGAGAUCCAGUACGGCUACCGCAGGGUUAACCCCUUGUACGGGGCUGAAUACGUGCUGGACCUGUUGCUGCUGUAUAAGAAGCACAAAGGUAAGACCAUGACGGUGCCGGUGAGACGGCACGCCUACCUCCAGCAGACCUUCAGCCAGAUCCAGUUCAGAGAGGAGGAAGAGAUGGAUGCCACGGCGCUGGCCGGCCACAUCAACCAGGACUCGGACUCCCUCUCCUUCCUCUCCAACUCACUCAAGAUGCUGGUCCCGUUCAAGCUGGCCAGCUCAAGCCAGGACCUGAAGGAGCCCAAGGAGAGCAAGGUCAACAUUCUCGUCCCUCUUUCGGGGCGCUACGACAUCUUCGUCCGCUUCAUGGCCAACUUCGAGAAGGUAUGCCUCAUCCCCAACCAGAACGUGAAGCUGCUGAUCCUGCUCUUCAGCACGGACAACAACACGGAGAGGGUGAAGCAGGUGGAGCUGAUGAGGGACUACCACAUGAAGUACCCCCGAGCGGAGCUGGAGAUCAAGCCCGUGUUGGGCUCCUUCUCCCGGGCUCUGGCCCUGGAGGUGGGCUCCUCCCACUUCUCCAACGACUCGCUGCUCUUCUACUGCGACGUGGACCUGCUCUUCACCCAGGACUUCCUCAAGAGGUGCCGGGUGAAUGCCGUGCUGGGCCAGCAGACCUACUUCCCCAUCAUCUUCAGUCAGUACGACCCCAAGGUGGUGUACGCGGGCAAGGUGCCCAGCGAGAACCACUACGUGUUCACCUCCAAGACGGGCCUGUGGAGACACUACGGCUUCGGCAUCGUGUGCGUAUACAAGGGGGACCUGGUCCGGGCCGGGGGCUUCGACACCUCCAUACAAGGCUGGGGGUUGGAGGACGUGGACCUCUUUAACAAAUUUGUCCAAUCAGGGAUUAUGCUGUUCAGAAGCACGGACACGGGGAUUGUGCACGUGCACCACCAGGUCGUCUGCGACCCCAACCUGGAGGCCAAGCAGUACAAGAUGUGCCUGGGCUCCAAAGCCUCGUCACACGGCUCGACACAGCAGCUGGCUGAACUGUGGCUCGAGAAGAAGGAGCAUGGCUUUAGGAGGCUGGCCGGCAGCCCCAAUAACGGCUCUGUCCGGACAGCAUGAGAGCAGCCAGGCCUCCCACCAGCAGGACUACGAGAACACCCUGGGGCUCUCCCAGCGGGGACUUUACCUACCUAAUUUAUUUUUUACAGAAAAAAAAACUGACUUUAAUGGAUAUAUUUUGGAAAUAUGCUUUGUUUUUAAAGAAGAUCAAAAAAGAAAACACACCAUUGACAGUGAUCGGAAACAGACUUGACUUUAGAAGUGAACUUUUAUAAAUUAAUAAUAUAAGACAAUAUUGUUGUUAAUUUUUCUUUCGAUGAGCCUGAUUAUGGGAGCAACGUGUUACAAGCAUCAUUAAAGACCAUGUGGGUCGUUUUAGAGACAAUGGGGACCAGGGGAUGGCUGGGUGGAAAUCAGUGUGUACCUCAGUGAAGUACACUUACAAGGUCUUAAGUAUUUACUUUGUCUGUGUGGGGGGGAAACAGACCGGUGGCUAACUGUAAACUUGACUUUGAAUGUUUACAGGUGGAUAAUAUGAACAAACAUUUCAUCAGUUAAGAAGUUGUCUUGGAUCACAACAAUGUUUUCUAAUGUCAAAAUGCCAUUUUGGUUUUUUUCAGAUUUGUAAUGUCUCCUUUUUUUGUUUUGUUUUUAUAAUACCGAAUAACACUGUUUUGUUAGUUUUGGUUUUAGACUUUCAUUUUAUUUACUUCUGUGAACCCAACUGCUGGAUUUCCUAUCUGCAAUUCAUCCUCCGCUGUCUAAUUUAUUGAAUUUGCAGUCUCCCUUCUCUGUUUUCUGGAAUAAUGUAUAUUAGAAAGAUUGUAUAACAGUCUCAGAUGUUGGAUACUGUUCUCUGUCUCUCAAAACUCGUCUGAUUCACCAAAGAGUUUUUGCACAGUCUGUUUAGGUGUUGUUGUGUCCGCAUGUGUGUGUCUAAUUGUCAAGGGGAUGCCAGCACAAAUGAAAUGUACUGUAGCAUAGAGGGUGUGUGUGUAUGUGUGUGUCUGUGUGUGUGUGUGCUUAUGAGUGCUCUCCUGGAUCCACCCCACUGGUACCACACAUGGGGAAUUCACACCCUGAAGAUGACGAGCGAUGAAGAGGACAGAGAGAAUGUUCUGGAAUAGUGAGAAUGAAAGGUGCUGUCCGGUCCCUGUGUCUAGAAGCUGGUUGAGGUGAAGGUAUGCUGUCCUGCAGCCUCCUGCUAUGUGUGGACCCUCUAACACCUCUGCUUGACACCCACAGGAGCAGGACUCAGUAGAUAGGCCGACACUGCGAGCAGGACUUAUGGCUGCUCUCUCUACAUAGUCUUCACUUCUGGUUUUGUUUUUAUAUUUUCUGUUUCUUCUGCCCUGUCCGUCUGGGAAAGGUUUUAUAUUUAAGAAAUAAAUGGGAAAAAUGUUUAUCUAA